UCGGGUGCGGGCGCGGCUGGUGCUGCGGCUUCAGGGUCUCAGAUUUGGGUGUGACCAGGUCCCCGGAGGAGGCGGCUGACCCCACUGAGUCACACGGCCAGCUGUGUGUGAGGAUCCUAGUUCCUUGACCAGGGAUCAAACCCGCGUCCUUGCAGUGGAAGCUCGGAGUCCUAACCACUGGACCGCCAGGGAAUUCCCCUCUCUUCUCCUUUUGAUGCCCUUCCUGCUUCCUCCUGCCCUGCAGGCCAAGGCCUGGCACGUGAGGGUCCCCAAAGUCAUUCAUUCCAAACUUUAAAGGCCACUUGAGGGAGGAAGGAGGAGAGGGCCAAUGUGGGGGGAAAUGGGGGGUGGAGAGGAGCUCCUGGGUUUGUUUACUCACUCAGAGUCCAGACUGACCUCAGAAGCACAGCCAGAGGGAUAGGGCCCAGCCCCACCCUCACCCCCUCUGGGGACCUUUUUCAGGGUGUGUCUGGCGGCUACUCCAGGAAACAUGGCCAAGUUUGCCCUGAAUCAGAACCUGCCUGACCUGGGCGGCCCUCGCCUGUGCCCCAGCACGACUGGGGGCGCCCGCAGCCCGAGUUCGCCCUACUCGGUGGAGACGCCCUAUGGCUUCCACCUGGACCUGGACUUCCUCAAGUACGUGGAGGAGCUGGAGCGCGGCCCCGCCGCCCGCCGGGCCCCGGGCCCCCCGCCCGCGCGCCGCCCCCGAGCGCCCCGGGCCGGCCUCGCAGGCGCGCGCAGCCCAGGCGCCUGGACAUCCAGCGAGUCCCUGGCCAGUGACGAUGGCGGAGCUCCGGGCGCACUCUCCCCGGGCGCGCCGUCGGGGCUGAUGCUGCAGCCGCUGUCGCCGCGCGCACCCGUGCGCAACCCGCGCGUCGAGCGCACGCUCCUGGAGACCAGCCGGCGGUUGGAGCUCGCGCAGGCGCACGAGUGCGCGCCCAGCCCAGCCCGCGCGAUACCGCGCAGCCCGCGCGGGUCCGGCCACAGCAGUCCCGCCCCCAACCCGGCCCUGGCCUCGCCCGGCCCCGCGCAGCUGCAGCUGGUGCGCGAGCAGAUGGCCGCGGCGCUGCGGCGCCUGCGCGAGCUCGAGGAGCAGGCGCGCGCGCUGCCCGAGCUGCAGGAGCAGGUGCGCGCGCUGCGCGCCGAGAAGGCGCGGUUGCUGGCUGGGCGCCGGCAGCCCGAGCCCGACGGGGAGGCCGAGGCGCGCCCGGACAAGCUUGCUCAGCUGCGGCGUCUCACCGAGCGCCUGGCCACCUCUGAGCGCGGCGUUCGCGCCAGGGCCAGCCCCGGGGCUGACGGCCCAGACGGGGAGGCUCCCAGCCGCGGCGAGGGUGCGCUGCCCGUCCUCGACGGGGCGCCCCAGACGCGGGAGGCGGGCACCCAGACCGUGCCGGAGACCCAAGAGGCGGGAGCCCAGGCUGUGCGGGAGACCCAGGAGGCCGGCGUGGGGGCAGCUCCCGAGACCCUCGAGGCGGAAGCGUGGGUGACGGAAGCUCUGCUGGGGCUGCCCGCUGCCGCCGAGCGCGAGCUGGAGCUGCUUCGCGCCAGCCUGGAGCAUCAGCGCGGGGUGAGCGAGCUCCUGCGGGGUCGGCUGUGCGAGCUGGAGGAGGCCCGCGAGGCAGAGGCAGCGGCGGCGGCGGCCCGGUCCCAGCCGUGCGAGGCCGCCACCCAGACCCCGUGGGGUUGUGCCGAGACGGCCACGCAGACCGAGCCCCCCGUGGAGGCCCCUGCCCCGACGCAGGAGAACCCGCCGGGACCCACGGAGGGGGACAGGGCAGUGGCACCCGCGGGCACCCUCAAAUCCAUCAUGAAGAGGAGAGACGGGACCCCUGGCGCCCAACCCAGCCCCGGACCCAAGAGCCUGCAGUUUGUUGGGGUCCUCAACGGAGAGUACGAGAGCUCAUCCAGUGAGGGCGACAGCGACAGUGAGGACGGCGCUGCUGAGCCCCCGAGGGGCAGUUCCUCGGGCUCAGGUGACGACAGCGGCGGGGGAUCCGACGCCGGGACCCCUGGCCCUCCCAGCAGCGAGGAGGCCCGGGACCCCGAGCCGGAGGCAGAGCCAGAGGCUCAGCCGGGUGCGCAGGGGAGCAGUAGGUGCGAGCUGAGCCCACGUUUGAGGGAGGCGUGCGCAGCGCUGCAACGGCAGCUGAGCCGGCCCCGCGGAGUCCCCCGCGACAGUGGCGCGGCGCGCCUGGUGGCCCAGGAGUGGUUUCGAGUGUCGAGCCAGCGGCGCUCUCAAGCAGAGAUCGUGGCCGGGGUGCUGGGCGCGGCGGCGCGCCUGGGACGCGAGCUGCUGGAGCACGUGGUGAAUCUGGCGGAUGGCAACGGGAACACAGCCCUGCACUACAGCGUGUCCCAUGGGAACCUGGCCAUCGCGAGCUUGCUGCUGGAUACGGGGGUCUGCAAGAUUGAUCACCAGAAUCGAGCUGGCUACUCUGCCCUCAUGCUGGCCGCACUCACCUCUGUGGGGCGAGAGGAGGACAUGGCCGUGGUCCAGAGACUCUUCCACAUGGGCAACGUUAACGCCAAGGCUAGCCAGACGGGACAGACAGCCCUCAUGCUGGCCAUCAGCCACGGCCGCCAGGACAUGGUGGCGGCCCUGCUGGCAUGUGGGGCCGACGUGAACGCGCAGGAUGCAGAUGGGGCCACAGCACUGAUGUGCGCCAGCGAGUACGGGCGCCUGGACACUGUGCGGUUGCUGCUGGCCCAGCCAGGCUGCGACCCCGCCCUCCUGGACAACGAGGGCACCAGUGCCCUGGCCAUCGCCCUGGAGGCUGAGCAGGAUGAGGUGGCCACUCUGCUGCAUGCCCACCUGAGCUCAGGCCAACCUGGUCCCCUGCUGCCCUCUGACUCCCCAACGGCCAAGCCUGGUGAAGGAGACUGCAGUGACAGUGGAGAGGACCCCCCACCUCAGUGACUGGCCUGACACACUGGACCUGGAUUGGGGGAGGGCAUUCUCUCCCCCACAUGGACCUCUGGGCACAGCAGGGGUCAGGAGUCACAGGGAGGGGUUCAGCUUGAACUCUGCAGGGUGAGGUGCGGGCUAAAAGCACUCACUCCUCCAGCCCUCCUUAAUAAAACAUUCCUGACUCAGCUUGUCUUGUUUUGGAGAUACACACAGACACAUGGCUCUCCCUGCUCAAAAUGAAAAUGCCUUGUUGGGGAAAACAACACCUCCCCUCCACCUUCCAGAGUGCAGU